AUGGCACCUAAAGUCAUGUCCGUAUGGCAAGCUGCGUUGCUCGUGUACCUUGAGCCAAUCGGAUUUUCCAUCCUUGGGGCAAUUCCAGUCGUUAUGGACCCAGCCACCUUUCAAGCAGGCCAUGCCCCUGCGAACCAGGCCCCAAGCUCUUUGACACUCGCCAAUCGCGUCGUGCUGUAUCAAUAUGCAGCCCUGCUCGUUGUUGUAGGCUUGUCCUCGACCCUGGUCAUGCAUACUGCCCUUCACCUCGACGAUCCGACUGGACGAUCCCAAAGACGCCUCAUUGCCGCCAUGCAGGUCGCGUUGAUGCUUGGCGAUUGGCUCUUCGCUUCUGCAUCUAUUGUACCUUAUUUUGAAGCGGGCUUGAUCGACUACCUCAAUCCUUUCAAAGUGUUUACCGGGCAGACGCCAUACCUCAUGGCACCUUUCUUGGGAGUGUGGUUGAGUGCUGCAUUGACAUGCAUGCGUAUUGCAUGGUUGUCAGGAGUCGGCCAACAGCGCAUCACGGAGAAGAAGAAUCAGUAG